UCUGCUAAUCCAGUGUCCACAGCGCUGGGAAACAGAACAGAGACAUAAUCAUCACCUCAUCUCGCUGAUCCACUGGGCUGCACUGUCAAUAGAGGAUGUGUCAUUGCUCAUAUCCCCCAUCCAUUUACUCAAUGGGAGCAGGCAAGCGUGGUGGGAUAAUUAAACAACUGACAGCUCUUUUCCAGAAAGUUCAAUGUUGGGGUACCAGGGAGGAGCCCAAGAUCGGUCACUCCGUAUAUAAGGCCAUCUGGUUCAUUGGGUAUAUCAAACCCUGAGCAGUUCUCCCUGACAGCUAGCACAAGAAGACUGAGGAAGAUGGAUGUGACUAUCCAACAUCCCUGGUUCCGCCGUCAAUUUUACUCAUUCUUUGGACCAAACAGGCUCUUUGAACAGAGUUUUGGGGAACACCUGCAUGAGGCUGAUCUGUUUCCAACUGUGAUGUCCCCUUUCUACUUCAAAUACCCCUUCCUCAGACUCCCAUCCUGGAUAGAAAGUGGAUUGUCAGAGAUGAGACUAGAAAAGGACAAGUUCUCCGUUAACCUUGAUGUCAAACAUUUCUCUCCUGAAGAACUGAAAGUGAAAGUGUUGGGAGACUUCAUUGAGAUCCAUGGAAAACAUGAAGAGCGUCAGGAUGAGCAUGGCUAUGUAUCCAGAGACUUCCAGAGAAGAUAUAAGCUCCCAAUGGAUGUUGAUCCCCUCUGCGUCACCUCAUCCUUGUCCCCAGAUGGAGUCCUGGCGGUGACCGCACCAAGGAAACUGGCUGAUGUUCCUGAACGCUCCAUUCCCAUCACCCGUGAAGAGAAGGUGGCCAUUGGUGCUGCCCCUAGGAAGUAGAUUCUCUCUGUUUAGCCAGAGAAGAUACUUUUCCACCCUGCCAGACAGUGUGCGCGCGUACUUCACUGCUACAUGUAUUUAUUUGUGCUGUCCUGUGACCAAAUUACUAAUACCAAUAAAAGUAAAGAGAAGCAUC